AUGAUUAAACAAAUUUUUGAAAGAACUAAACCUCAUAUUAAUAUAGGAACUAUAGGACAUAUUGAUCAUGGAAAAACUACAUUAACUGCAGUAAUUACAAAAAUUUUAGCUAGAUAUAAUCGUGCAAAAGCUUGUAAUUAUGGGGAUAUUGAUUCUGCUCCAGAAGAAAAAUUAAGAGGUAUUACUAUUAAUACAGCUCAUGUUGAAUAUGAAUCUGAUAAAAGACACUAUGCUCAUAUUGAUUGUCCAGGACAUGCAGAUUAUAUUAAAAAUAUGAUUACAGGAGCUGCUCAAAUGGAAGGAGCUAUUUUACUAGUAUCUGCAGUAGAUGGACCUAUGCCUCAAACACGAGAACAUUUAUUAUUAGCAAAACAAAUAGGUGUUUCUCAGUUAGUAGUGUUUUUAAAUAAAAUUGAUCAGGUAGAAGAUCCUGAAUUAUUAGAAUUAGUAGAAUUAGAAAUAAAAGAUCUAUUAGAAACUUAUGGGUAUAUAGAUACUCCUAUAGUAAAAGGAUCUGCUUUAAAAGCAUUAGAAGCUAUAGAUAAUCUAGAUACUGUAAAAGAAUUAGAAACAAAUACAUGGGUAAAAGAUAUUUUAAAUUUAAUAUCUACAAUUGAUAAUACUAUUCCUACUCCUACAAGAAUUUUAGAUAAACCCUUUUUUAUGGCUAUUGAAGAUGUAUUUUCAAUUACUGGAAGAGGAACUGUAGUUACAGGUAAAAUAAAUCAAGGAAAAAUUAAAGUAGGAAGUACUGUGGAUUUAGUUGGAUAUAGUUCUACAAAUAAAUCAGUUACUAUUACAGGAAUUGAAAUGUUUCAAAAAACAUUAUCUGAAGGAUAUGCAGGAGAUAAUGUUGGAAUUUUAUUAAGAGGAAUUCAAAAAACAGAUGUAAGACGAGGAAUGGUAUUAGCAGAAAAAAAUACACUUAAUGCCUUUAGUAAAUUUGAAACAGAACUUUAUGUGUUAACUUCAGAAGAAGGGGGAAGACAUAAACCAUUUUUUGUAGGAUAUCGACCUCAAGUAUAUGUAAAUACUACUGAUGUUACUGCUAGUAUUGAAUCACUUUUAUCUAAAAAAGGAGUAGAAACUCAUAAUGAAAUGAUUCUUCCUGGAGAUACAGUAAGUUUAAAAUUACAUCUUUUAUACCCAAUUGCAUUAGAAAAA